CGGCCGGCAACCCUCGACCCGCCUGCUCAUCCGUCGUGACGCCCGGCUUUUACAGGAAAGCAACUCGAGAUCUAGGGUCUCGGAUCGGAACCCCCAGAAUCGUAUGAUUCUUGCCAAUUUGAGCUGGGUCCCUUCUCUCUCUGCUCGUGUUAUCUCCUUUUUCGGUCUUUCAGACAGGAAUUCGGCCACUUUCCCGAUAUUUCGCGUCGAAAUUUCGUCCUUUUGGUCAUACUAGAGAUUUUUGAGGUGUUUUCAGCUAUGCAGUGCAAGGACAACCAAGCUUUGGCACCUCCGCGUGCUACUGAUCCUGGUUGGGCUCAUGGAACCAUGGUCAAUGGUGGUCGGCAAAAGAUUAAAUGCAAAUACUGUCAUAAAGUUUUUCUUGGGGGUGGAAUUUCCAGACUGAAGCAACAUUUAGCUGGGGAAAGGGGCAAUGUUGCUCCAUGUGAGGUGGUACCUGAAGAAGUAAAAGUACAGAUUCAGAAACAUCUAGAUUCUAAAGUUGUGGAAAAGCAGAAAAGGCAGAAAGAAGUUAAAGGUGGAAAGUACUCCUCUGUGUUGUACUAUCAAGAAACAGAAGAAAUAGAUGAAGAGGAUAAGGUGCAAGUUCAGAGUAGAAUUUCUGCUUUAGGCGCGAGUAGAAGAGCAAAAGAGCCCUUAGAAGGAACUUCCACUCGAGCCAAGAGGCAGAAGAAGCAAAAAUUUUCUACUGCCUCUUCUGUCAUUGCUCAACCCAUAUGUCAAAAUUUUGCUUCCCAGGAGAGCAUAGAUCAAGCUGAUAUUGCUGUUGCAAGAUUCUUUUAUGAUGCUGGCAUUCCAUUCACUGCUGCAAAUUCAACUUAUUUCCAACAGAUGGCUGAUGCCAUUGCUGCCAUGGGCCCUGGUUAUAGGAUGCCUUCUUAUUAUUCUUUGAGGGGUAAAUUACUGAACAGAAGUGUUAGGGAUAUUGAGGAAUACUGCUUGGAACUGAGAAAGUCUUGGGAGGUGACUGGAUGUACGAUUCUGGUUGAUAGGUUGGUAGAUAAAACUGGUUAUGUAGUUAUAAAUUUUUUCGUUUAUUGUCCUAAGGGAGCCAUGUUCCUCAAAUCUAUUGAUGCAUCAGAAAUUACAAAAUCUGUUGAUGCGCUUUUGAAUUUAUUUGAUGGUGUUGUUCAAGAGGUUGGACCCAAGAAUGUUGUCAAUUUUGUCACAGAUACCUCACCCAAUCAAAAAGCUGCUAGCAAGCUCUUGGUGGAGAAGUACAAAACCUUUUUCCGCAGCACCUGUGCAGUGCAGUGCAUAGACUUGAUGCUUGAGGAAAUUGGAAAAAUGGAUGAAGUGAAAGAGGUUUUAGCAAAGGCUAAGCGAGUUACUCAGAUCAUUUAUAAUAAUGCCUGGGUCCUCAACUUAGUGAGGAAGAAAACUGGUGAAAGAGAUAUUGUUCAUCUUGGAGUUACAAGGUUUGCUUCCAUCUUUCUGACAUUGCAAAGUAUUGUAUCCUUCAAGAAUCAGCUACAUCAGAUUUUUACGAGUUCUGCCUGGAUGCAGUCAGCUUUUUGUAAGAAAAUGAUAGGCCUUGAAGUGGCCGAAACUGUAGUGGACCCUCUUUUCUGGUCAUUGUGUGAACAAACACUGAAGGUUACAAAGCCUCUACUCUCCGUUAUACAGCUUUUGGAAGAUCAAGAGAGACCAUCUGUUGGAUAUAUAUAUGAUGCAAUUGAAAAGGCAAAGCAAAGUAUCAUUGCAGCAUUCGAUGAUAAAGAUUCUGACUACAUACCAUACUUAAAAGUUAUUGAUCGUAUUUGGCAAGAGGAGUUCCAUAGCCCUCUUCAUGCAGCUGCAUGCUAUCUUAACCCUUCAAUAUUUUACAGUCCUAAUUUCUCUUCUAACAAAGUCAUCCAAAAAGGAUUACUUGAUUGUAUUGAGAUUUUAGAGCCUGAUGUCAAUGCCCAAGUAAUAAUAACAAGCGGCAUAAAGUCGUAUGAGGAAUCUGUGGGGGAUUUUGGUCGACCUGUGGCUUUACGCGGUCGAGAAACCUUGGCCCCAGCUACUUGGUGGUCACUUUUCGCAGCUGAUUAUCCAGAUCUGCAACGCUUGGCUGUCAGGAUAUUAAGUCAAAAUUGUAGUAUCACCCCUUGUAAGAGGAGUUGGACUAUGUUUAAAUGCAUCCGUUUUAAGAAGAGGAACCAGUUGGAGAACCAAAGGUUGAAUGACCUUAUAUUUGUCCACAAUAAUUUGCAUCUCCAGGAGAGGCGGGGAGAUUCAACUAAAGUGAAAAGCACAAAAAGAAAACUUGAUCCUGUAUGUUUAGAAGCUAUAGAUGCCAAUAUGGAAGAUUGGGUAGAGGACCUGGGAGUCAAGGAUGGUGAGGAACCAAGCUGGAUGGCUAUAACCAUCUCCAGUGAAAGGAUGCUUGCGAAUCGUGAAAUACAAAAUAUGGAUGAUUCUAGUGACAGUGCAGAUGAUGAAAGUUGUGGUAUCACAAAAAGUAUUGAUGGAAACAAUGAUCUAUAGUGCUUUCUAGUUCUUCCAAUGCAAAGCUUGUAGGGUUUGCUUGUGAUGUAUCUUUGAAUCACUAGGAAAAUUUUCUUGAUUGUAGCUUGAUGCUUGUAUAUUUUACCAUGAAUUCUUGGAGAGGAGAGAACUUAGCUCUUGGAAUUCCAGCUUAACCAUAGAUGAAUGUUAAUUUUAUAUGUUUGUCUUUCCUCCUCUAUGUUCCAAUAUCCGCCUAGUCUUUCAUUCGUAAGAUUCUGUUUUCUUCCUUUUCACGAGUAUGUUCAAAAGAAAUUUCACUGCUUAUC